GAGGCUGCUACACACAACAUGGCCGCCUGCCUCGCCCUCACGUCCGCCGCGCUGCGGAGGUCGCUGCCCGGAGUUUUCAGGCUCCACGGCCGGACAUCGGUAGCUCCUGUCAGCGCUGUCGGGCUCAGGUUCGUCUGUGACGCCGCUCGACAAGUUAAAACGCCGGGGAUAAUCGAGUCCACGGAGGAGUAUAGGUUCGUGGAGCGGCUCAUCCCGCCCACUCGCGUCCCCACUCCGCCUAAACACACCGGUCCGCCUCCGUCUGGCUGGACUCCUCCAGCGGAGUCACCGCCGCCUCUGCCCUACAUGAUCCGCCGCUCUCGCAUGCACAACGUCCCCGUGUACACCGACGUGACCCACGGCAGCCGCAGGACGACGCUGGUGCGGAGAGUGGAGGGGGACAUUUGGGCUCUGGAGAAGGACGUGAAGCACUUUCUGAUGGAGGUGACGGGGAAGGAGCUGCCCACACAGGUCAACGAGGUCACCAUGACCCUGAGGGUCAAAGGUCACUAUGACAAGGAGCUGAAGGAAUGGUUGGUCAGUAAAGGCUUCUGAGCUGUGGGGACAACACAGCUGUUUAUGAGGACAUGGAGAAGAGACUCAGCAUCUGCUGGACUGAACUCUGUAUGAAGAGACAGUGUUUGAUUUCUUUACUGAACUUCUGAACUUCCACCAGAGAGAUGAUGAAGCUGUGGUAUUAACAUGAUAUUAAAAGGAUGUUCGUUCUUUUAUGUCAAGAAAACAACAAUUAAUAUCAUCACGAGAUCGGCUUUCUUCCACCUUUUUGUCCAAGGUUCUCUCUGAAUUAAAGUUAUAGUGUAUUAAUUAA